AUGGCUAAUCUGAUGUUUAUGAUGUUUCUGGCAAAGCAAGUAUUGCAGCGCAAACAAUUCCUGAUGAGGUUCCACAAUUAUUUAUCUUCUUCAAGGUUGUCUUCUGGGUACAGUGGUUUCAUUGCUAACAUUUCUUCUCAAUGUGAGCAAUCAUUUUAUCAUCAGGCUGUCAAGUCUUCCAUUUGGAGAGAUGCUAUGGAUGAUGUUGAAGGGAUUGAUUACAUGGAUACAUUUUCGCCUGUUGCUAAAAUGACUUCUUUCAGGCUAUUGCUUGCUCUUGCAGCACGAAAGUAUGCUUUGCAGUUGCUCGAGGAUGUAGGAUGUUUGGGUGUGAAACCAGUUGAUUCUCCCAUGGUUCAUUCCUUGAAGUUGAGUGCUAAUGAAGGAGAACCAUUUCCUGAUCCUCAAGAAUAUAGUCGGUUGAUAGGUCGACUUCUCUACCUAACUAACACCAUGCCCGACAUUGUUCAUACGGUGUAUUUUCUAAGUCAAUUAGUUUAUUCUCCCCGUCUACCUCACAUGACAUCUUUGAAACAUCUUCUUGCUUAUAUUAAACAAUCGUCUGGGCUUGGAUUGCUUUUUACAGUUCACUCUAGUGUUCAGUUGAGUGUUUUUGUUGAUUCAUAUUAUGGUUCUUCCCCGGAUACUCAACGGUCUACAUCAAGGUUUUGUGUUUUUUUGGGUGAUAACAUUGUCUAUUGGAAAUCAAAAAAGCAAGCCAUUGUUAGUCGAUCUUUCUGUGAAGCAGAAUAUUGGACUAUAGCAGUAGCCACUUAUCAGCAAGCUGACGUGUUUACAAAGAUUCUUCGGGCUCCCAUGCAUCAUAAUUUUAUUGCCAAGCUUGGUCUUCUUAAUAUCCAUGUAGUCCCAUCUUGA